AUGGGGUUCUCCGCUCGCGUUUUGGCUGCCGCCGUCGCGGCGGCUGGCCUUGUCCAGAUGGCCAAGGCCAACUGCAAUCACAACAACUGCCUCCGCGCCAUCAUUGCCGACAGCAUCACCACUCGCCAUGGCGUGGCCGACUGCAACUCGUAUCUCUUGACCACGCUUGUCAAGCCGACUAGCACGGAAACUGUCACCGUCACGGUCACGGACUCGGUCCUGUUGCCAUCGACGACGACCGAGAUCGAUCUCUCCACCGCGUAUACCGCGACGACGCGCACGACGACCCUGACCACCACCACGACCACAGCCAAGAACAACCACUUCAGCCGUGGCGCGGUUCCGGUUCUCACCACGCAGACCAUCGUCCCGUCUCUCCUUCCGGCCUAUGCGUCGGCCUGCGGCGCGUCCGGCAACGCCACGGCGUCGGCCUCCUCCUACGUGAGUGCGUGCCUGUGCGCCGGUGCCACCACCGCCGUCACCACCAGCCAGCCCGUCGUGACCGUGACGGACACGGCGACGGUCACGAGCACGGGCUACUCGGUGGCGACGGAGACGCUCACGACGACCUCAACGGCCGUCACGACGACGACGACGCUGGCGGUGUCGACGGCCACGGUGACGGCGACCGAGAUUGUGCCCACGACCGUGCUCCAGACGAUCGUCAUCACGACCCGGGCCAAGGCCACCGUGACCGUCACGGCGACCAAAACCAUUACGAGCUGGAAGCACUCGUAG